UUACCUAUCACUUCCGGUCCUCAAUGCAAAAUGGCCGAGAAUGCGGACAAACCCUCGGCGAAGGGCUCCACAAAAGCACAAGAAAACAACAUGAAUUCUUCACUGAAAGACACGGAUUCCAAAGUGACAUCGCCACAGAAUGGUAGCACCAAUGAUUCAGACAAUGAAAAUGAUGAAAACUCGUUGAAAAUCGGUGAUACUUACUUGAUACAGCGGCACGACAACACGUGGCACAAUGCCGAGAUUGUGCAGACCAGAAAGAAUGAACAGGAUAGCAACAAGAAGGAGUAUUAUGUACACUACAAAGGACUCAAUCGGCGCAUGGACGAGUGGGUCGGGAAAGAGAAGGUGAACGUCCAACAGCCCCCCCAGGAGAGGCAGAAGUCCGAGACCGGAGACUCGCUGGACGACUCGGACAGAAAGAUCACCAGGAACCAGAAGAGAAAACACGACGAGAUCAACCAUGUUCAGAAGAGCUUUGCAGAAAUGGAUCCAACGACAGCUGCAUUGGAAAGAGAGCAUGAAGCUAUUACCAAAGUCAAGUACGUCAACAGGGUUCAGAUAGGCAAGUACGAGAUCGAUGCUUGGUACUUCUCGCCUUUCCCCGACGACUACGGCAAGCAAGCCAAGCUCUGGAUCUGUGAAUACUGCCUAAAGUACAUGAGAUUUGAGAAGACCUUUAGGAAGCACCUGGGUGAUUGCUUAUUGAAGCAGCCUUCAGGUAUAGAGAUCUACAGGAGAGGCUCCAUCUCAGUGUACGAAGUCAACGGAAAAGACCACAAGCUGUACUGCCAAAACAUGUGUCUACUUGCCAAGCUCUUCCUGGAUCACAAGACGCUCUACUUUGAUGUGGAGCCAUUCCUCUUCUACAUCCUGACAGAGGUCGACAGACACGGCGCCCAUCUCGUUGGAUUCUUCUCAAAGGAGAAGGAAUCGCCUGACGGUAACAACGUAGCUUGCAUUCUCAUCUUACCUCCAUUCCAGAGGAAAGGAUAUGGCAAAUUCCUCAUCGCAUUCAGUUAUGAGUUGUCGAAGUUAGAGAACUGUGUUGGGUCACCAGAGAAACCCCUAUCUGAUCUUGGGAAGCUGAGCUAUCGCAGCUACUGGUCUUGGGUUCUCUUGGAGAUUCUGAGGGACUUCAAAGGAACAUUGUCCAUCAGAGACCUAAGCCAAAUGACGAGCAUCACGCAACCCGACAUCAUCAGCACCCUGCAGGCCCUCAAUAUGAUAAAGUACUGGAAGGGGCAGCACGUGAUCUGCGUCACCCCCAAGCUGGUGGAGGAACACCUCAAGAGCGCCCAGUACAAGAGGCCCAGACUCACCGUGGACACCAGCUGUCUCCGGUGGCAGGCCCCCAAGAAACCCAUGCUCCACUCAAGAGGACAGAAGAUGAAGAAGUGAGAGAGAGAGAGAGAGAGAGAGAGGAGUUCCUGGAUUUUUUAGAAGAUCAGUCAGUCACUAAGACUAUGAAGGGAAUUUAUUCUUCAAAGGGAGUUUGUUUUCAAAGGUAUUUUCUGAAGAAGUGAUGUAUCUGCAGACGAUAAUCUGCAAACUAUUUUGGAAGAUAUGUUUGUCAAGAGGAGUGCGGAUGGUCAUAUAUGAUAUGAGAGAUAGAUUGAUAGGAAGUUGCUCUUACAAGACAAUGUUCAAAGGUACUUUCUGAAGAAGUUGUUCUCAGAUGAUAUUAUUAACUGUCAAAGGUAUUUCAGAAGAAUUGAUUCUUUAAAGAUAUCUAAUUGUCAAGUCCUUCUCUGAAGAAGUUGUUUUCCAAAAAUAUCUAAUUGUCUGUGGUAUUUUCUGAAGAAGUGUUGUAGUGUCUUUGGAUAGAAAUCUGCACAACAUUUUGGAAUAUAUGGUAGUUCACAGGACUCUGGGUGUUCACAGAGAAAAGAAGAGUAUAGGAGUGAUUUGUUGCUGUUAAUGAUAUGUGAUUGUCAAAGAUACUUCUGAUGAAGUUGUAAGAUGUACCUGAUUCAGAAUGAGAUGUAGGAGAUUCAUGUGUCUGUUAAAGAGACUGGCUUUUACCAGAGAGCUGUUGACUCGAAUGAUAGGAAAUUUUAAAAGAUAUAAGACUAUCAUAGAAAAUUCGAAAUAAAUAGAUUUCCUGCAUGAUCAUUGAUGUAAUCUUUCAAGAUAUUGAUGCCAUUUGUCUGUCAAGGAUGCUAUCAUUGUCAAAUGCAGUUCUGGAUAAGUGAAGCGGGAUCUUUGAAAGGUCGUCAUCUUAACCUUUCAAGAGAUUCAUUCUUCUGUGAAGGAUACUGUGGCAGUUCUGAGAGAAUUGUAGAGCAAGAAAGAAAGCAUUUUUUAAUUAAAGUACCACAGGAAGUGUCUUUGUGGUUGAAGGAGUAACAGAACUAUCCUUAUUGUACAUUCACCCUUAUUCUGACAUUUCCUUUCCAGUUGAAUGUCACUUGCCUCGGAGUUGAGCUAUAGAAAGUGAUGACCUAAGGAUGAUCAUCAACAUUAAGUUUGAAGGGGACUAACAAUCAUUACACUGAACUGGUCUUACUCCAAAAGUCCAGGAGCUCUACUGAUUACCAAUGCUUAUUUAUCUUCUUGUGUUGAAUAGCAGAAGAUGGAUGGUGGUUAAAACAAGAAUGCUUGUUUAUUCAUCGGUGUAAAUUAGUACAAGUAUUAAGGCUCUUUCUUGUUAAAUUCCAAAUUUUAUAAACUGUUAUGUAAGGUGAAAUCAGAGGAAUUUUGUUAAAUCAAAAGCAGUAUUCUAAUGUGUGCUCUUUUAAUUUUCGACUAUCAGUUUGUGAGGAUUUACGGUGUAUGGUAUGUUGUACCAUGUUGUAAGAAAGCCAAUUUACUCUUAUUAGGAAAGCAACUUAGGGGACCUACAGUUUCAAGUCCUUGCCAUGGGAUAGCUUACCCAAGUGCAUUUCUGUACUUGCUUUUGAAGCUUGGACCUCUCUAUUAUGUGGAGGUGUCGUGUUCUAGUGGAUACGUCACCGUGCGGACUGUGGAUCACAAGGUCCGCGGGUCGAGUCCCGCCGCAGCCCUAAUGUCCUUUGGCAAGACAUUUAAUCUACAUUUGCCACACUCAACCCAGGUGAUGUAAAUGGGUACCUGGCAGGAAUUAAUUCUUUAAAAUGCUACAGCGCCGUAAUGGCAGCCAUGCUAAAGCCAGGGUAAUAAAUGUGGAGCGCCAGAAGUGUCAAGUCUGACAGAUAUGAGCGCUAUACAAGAACCCAUUAUUAUUAUUUCAAAGCCAUGAUGUAGCCCAAGUUACCGUUAUAGAUUUUUGUGUGUGUUCUGACAAUAAUUCUAAAACACCCCUAUUAUAUAUCAGUGAUUUAUAUCCAUGAAGAUUUCAAUCAUUUACCUUCGUGUAACCAUUACACAGUUGUAUCUAAAAAAAAUGUAAAUCUUAUUAAAUCCUUAUAUUGAACUGAAAUUUAAUAUUUUUAAAAACUUUGUGAAAUGAGAUAUGGACAUGGCGUUAUUUGAUUUGUCUACAUGUUGGAGUGUAAGAUUUGGAACCUGGUAUUCAGAAGGAUAACUGUAGUGUUAGGAAUCGCUCUUUACUUUUACAAGUGUUCCAUUUUCAUGCAUUUGUUUUGUUUUUAUGUUUUUGAAGGAUCAGGUUAGUGGUACCCACAUGGGUAUUAUUAAUUUUCAUCUGUUUUGUUAUGAACUACAUUUAUUAAGAUAUUGUGAAUUUUACAGGAGUGAUCCUUCAUUUUUUUUUAAAUACAUGGACCAUGGAAACACCACACAUUGUUAGACCCAGCUAAUUUUGGGGUUGUUUCUGUUUAUUUUGUUUCAUUUUUGUUGUUGUGUAUAUCAUUGCCAGUAAACAAUUGUACAUUGUUACCCUGUAGAUACAUUAUGUCAUGUAGAUAUCUAUAAAAGGACAUGUUAUUUUAGUAUUAUGUAUAUAGCGCUUUGUGCAUAUGUGAAUCAUUCAGAAGUUGUGAAUAAAUUUCUUACAAAAACAAA